AGGACGCAUUCAACCCUCUCUAUUGUCUUGUUCUUCUGCAUUUGGGUAUUUGGCGCCUCGGACAAUUUUCAAUUCUGACGAAUCCACCAUUUCCAAAUCACAUUGCGACUGCAAAAGAAACCCACCGUUCUUGCGACUUCGAGCAAGAAUGGAGCAGCAGCACAGGAACCAGCAGAAAGAUGUGCAAGAAAGACGACAAGAUGAUCUUGAGGAAAUCCAACACGGCCCUUUCCCGGUGGAGCAACUCCAGGAAUCUGGAAUAGCAGCCCUUGACAUUAAGAAACUUAAGGAUUCUGGUCUAUAUACUGUGGAAUCCGUCAUGUACGCUCCUAGAAAGGAUCUUGUGCAAAUAAAAGGGAUCAGUGAAGCUAAAGUUGACAAAAUUAUAGAAGCAGCUUCAAAAUUGGUGCCCUUGGGGUUCACUAGUGCAAGCCAACUCCAUGUGCAGAGGCUUGAAAUCAUUCAAAUAACAUCUGGAUCAAAAGAACUUGACAAGGUCUUGGAAGGGGGUAUUGAAACUGGAUCCAUAACUGAAAUUUAUGGCGAGUUCCGCUCUGGGAAGACUCAGCUUUGCCAUACAUUAUGUGUUGCUUGCCAACUUCCAUUAGAUCAAGGGGGUGGUGAAGGGAAGGCCAUGUAUAUUGAUGCCGAGGGAACUUUCAGACCACAAAGACUUUUGCAGAUUGCAGACAGGUUUGGAUUGAAUGGAGCCGAUGUUCUAGAGAAUGUAGCGUAUGCUAGAGCAUAUAACACUGACCAUCAGUCAAGGCUUUUGAUUGAGGCCGCCUCGAUGAUGGUUGAGACCAGGUUUGCUCUUAUGAUUGUGGAUAGUGCUACAGCACUCUAUAGGACUGAUUUUUCUGGGCGGGGAGAGUUGUCUGCCAGGCAAAUGCAUCUAGCUAAGUUCCUAAGAAGCCUUCAGAAAUUAGCAGAUGAGUUUGGUGUUGCAGUUGUGAUUACUAACCAAGUGGUUUCUCAAGUUGACGGUUCUGCCAUGUUUGCCGGACCUCAGAUCAAACCCAUUGGUGGCAACAUUAUGGCACAUGCUUCGACAACAAGGCUGUCUCUUCGCAAGGGAAGGGGAGACGAGCGCAUUUGUAAAGUGGUAAGCUCUCCAUGUUUAGCCGAAGCUGAAGCAAGAUUUCAAAUUUCUGCAGAAGGUGUAACAGAUGUGAAGGACUGACAGACUGCUGAUUGUUGUUUUUGUUGUGUUGUAGAAAUUGUCUCUCUUAUAUUUUCUAUUUUGAGCUCUAGAAAAACUCUUUCCAUCUUAAACUUGUUGAGCUUGUUUGGAUAUACGUUAACAUGCCCGAAUCGGGAAGGCUGGGUCGACCUAAAUACCGGCAAU